AAGGAAUGGAAUGUGAUUUCGUUUUCGUGAUUUUAUCGAUUGGGCAUGGUGGAUCAGUCUUAAGUUGGCCAUGGAUAUGGUAGAAACUGUCCUUCCGAGAGCUACUAAAGUUCGUAUUGCUGGGAAUAACCGUACAAGACCGAGUCUUGUGGGUCAACUUGGAUACAUCAAGUCUGGACAAAGCCUUGGUGGUUGGCAUGAAGUAGUGUUAGAAGAUGGAGAAGAACUGAGAGUACAACGCAACGCAUUGGAAGUUGUUUAUGACGAACAAGGCUUUCCAAUCACGGUGGAUGUUCCUCCCGAACCAAAAAGUUCUCAAACAAAUAACUACAGGGGCACUGGGAGAGAUGAAAACUCGAGACUUUCGCACGACGGUUCAACUCAAGAAGACGAUGUUUCCAAUAUUAGACUCCGCCAAAGGAAACCUGUAAAGUUGGAAAAGAAAAAGAGGAAACGACCUAAAGUUGCUGCUUGUUUAAGUCGCUUGAACCUAUCAUCACUUCGACGCUAUCGUAAAGCUUUCAACUUGAAAGUUGGUAAGGAUUGUAGUAAAACCGAGCUUUUAUUGGCUGUGAAACAACACUUCUCGGAAAAUGACGUCGAUGAAAGCUCUACUAUUUUGGAGUUUAUUAACAAAAUAUGUAAAGAAGAGGAUGGAGUGGAUGAGAUAUCGGACAAGUGACCAACAAGUGAAAGAAACAACAACAACUUUCUAACGAGAUUAUAGUUGACUGCAAUUGUCGAUAAAUAAAAUUGAUAUUAUUCGG